AUGAAAGGAUUAAAGUUGUUGGAAAAGGUUUUUUUUAAUUUUUUGUUUAAUAAAUUUAAUUUUUACAAAGGCUCUUUUGGCAUUGCUGUGCUUUACAAAAGAAAAGAUGAUGAAUCUUUUGUUAUUUUAAAAGAAAUUAAUUUACAUGAAUUAAAUAAUUCUGAAAGACAGAUGGCCUUAAAUGAAGUUAAUUUACUUUCUCGAUUAGAUCAUCCACAUAUUAUUGCUUUUUAUGAUUCUUUUGAAGAAGAUGGAACAUUGAUGAUUGAGAUGGAAUAUGCAGAUGGAGGAACGUUAUCUCAAUUAUUGUCACAUUUAACAGAACCAUUAAUUGAAUCAGAGAUAAUUGAUAUGUUUGAACAAAUGUGCGAAGGAAAACCUUAUAAUGAAAAAUCAGAUGUUUGGGCAUUAGGCUGUUGUUUUUAUGAAAUGUGUACAUUAAAUAAAGCUUUUGAUGCUGAAAAUUUACCUACACUUUUGAAUAAAAUAAUUAAUAGUGAAUAUGAACCCUUAAAGAAAAUUUAUUCCCAAGAAGUUCGUCUUUUGGUAAGGGAAAUGUUAAGAAUAUCACCACAACAAAGGCCUGCAUCAUCUCAAUUACUUGAUCAGAUUGCUGUAAGUGAAAGUCAUCAAUUACUUCUAACAAUGCAAGGACAAGUUUAUAGUUGGGGAGAUAAUUCUUUUGGACAAUUAGGACAAGGAGAUAAAAGAAAAAGACAAUUCCCUACAUUAAUAGAAUCAUUGGAAAGUAAGGAUGUUUAUAAAGUAGCUGCAGGUAAAAAAUUCUCUCUUUUUUGUGCUGGCCGUGGUAUUUUACUAACAGUAGGAAGAAAAUUGUUAUUUGAUAAUAGUGACUAUUUAACUAAACCAAAAAUUGUCGAGGAAUUGUUAACAGAGGAUAUUGUAGAUAUUUGUUGUGGUGAUGAGCAUGCAAUUGCACUAACGGUUUAUUUUUGUGGACCUGAUUCUACAAUGUUAAUAACAAAUAGUGGAACUAUAUUGGCUAUGGGAUCUAAUAAAUAUAAUAAAUUGAAUUUAAAUAAAAGAGCUGGAUUUUUUAAAGAAAUGAAAAAGGAACAAAAUACAGUUCAAGGAAAGAAACAACUAGUGGAUGAUGCUCUUUUGCCAACAGCUGUAAGGCCAUUCCCUAGAAGAGUUGUUAGUGCAUCUUUAGGCAAUAAUCACAGUGGUGUUUUGCUCGAAAAUGGGCAUGUUCAUCUUUUUGGAUUAAAUUCUUAUGGAGAAUUAGGUACCGGAAGUACAUUACCAUUUAGUGAUAGCACUAGACCUGUUAAAGCUUUGAUUAAUAAAGCUUGUUUGGUAAAUAUUUUUUCGAUUUUUAAUUAA